GGCCCCGGGACCGCCAGCCGAGCCGCGGAGGGGGCGGUGGACCGGCAGGCCCAGACGCCCGGGACGCCCGAGCCGCCAUGGCUGACUACUGGAAGUCACAACCAAAGAAAUUUUGUGAUUACUGCAAGUGCUGGAUAGCAGACAACAGGCCUAGUGUUGAAUUCCAUGAACGAGGAAAGAACCAUAAGGAAAAUGUUGCAAAGAGGAUCAGUGAGAUUAAACAGAAAAGCCUGGAAAAGGCAAAAGAAGAAGAAAAAGCAUCAAAAGAGUUUGCAGCUAUGGAGGCCGCUGCUCUGAAAGCAUACCAGGAGGAUUUGAAAAGGCUUGGAAUCGAUUCAGAAGAAAUUACAACACCUAGCAUAACACCAGUAGCAACCCGCACCGUAGCAACCCACACCACCUCACCCAGCACAGCACCAAGUCAGCCAAAAGAAAAGAAAAAGAAGAAAAAAGGCCCCUCCAAUAAGCCAUCGGUUGGAGCUCAUCAGUGGAUAGAAGGCAUGUCCUCCCAGGGCUACCAUUAUUACUACAAUACCGUAACAGGAGAAUCUCGGUGGGAUAAACCUGAAGGAUUCCAAGGAACUUUCAGAAAGAGAACAGACAUGCCUCUGUGGGUGGAAAGUGUAAGUGAAGAUGGCUACACAUAUUAUUAUAAUACGGAAACAGGAGAAUCCAAAUGGGAGAAACCCGAUGAUUUUGUUCCACGUGCUGACCAUUCAAAUAAUGAAGGCAUCAGUGCACUUAUAAAAUCCUUCAGCGAGUCCACCGAAGAACAAGCAAGAGAAGAGGGGAAGGAAAAAUCCAAGGCCUCUACAGAAACACAAAAGAAAAAAAUACAGUUUCGGAUAAAAAGUAAAAAGGGUAGCGAUGAAGAAACGGAGUCAGAAAUGCCAAAAGAAAAUGAAAAUGACCAAGACACCUCAGUUCAGUCUAAAGAAAAACCCAAAACUUCCAAAAAAGCGAACCCAUAUGGAGAAUGGGAGAGUGUUAAGCAAGAGGAGGUCACUUUUGAGAAGCUGGACUUGGAACUUCCUAGUAAGGAGAACGAAUGCGUACCAGCUCCAGUGACGAAUGUUAAUGGAGAGGCCAAAGUGAUAUUUAAAGAAAAGACAGUAACCUCCCUUGGAGAGGUGGCAGAAGGUGUAGCUCCGGUCUUCAAAAAAAGAAGAUUUGAAAAUGGAAAAUCUAGAAACUUAAGACAGAGAGGAGAUGAUCAGUAAUUGAACUUAAUAACAAAAACUGAGUUUUGUACCCAUUGUCGGGCAAGAGGGAGCCCAUAAAUCUUUUAAAUUAUUUUUGUUCUUAAAGUUUUAGGAAUUGAUAAGUCUAGCUACUGGAUCAGAUGUAAAAAAACCUGUAAUCUCUUUGAUGUCAGCCCUACUCGUGUUUCUGAAAGGGAAAUCGUCAUUGUAUUGUUUUUGUAUUAUAGCUGUUGUCUGAGAAUUGAGUUCUGCCAUAAAAAUGAAAUUAUUAAAAUACGCCAAGUUAGUUCUGGA